AUGAAUCCCUUGAAUAAAAUCAUCUUUCUAUCAGCAUUUCUUGCAUUUGGAUUCCUUUUGAUAUUGCUUUCAUGCGCUCUUUACAAUAACUGGCAGCCCCUUUGGGUCAUUGUGAUUUUCCUAAUGGCACCGUUACCGAAUAUACUUCUGUCUUCCAUAGCAAGCCACAGAGACGAUUUUUUGACUUUCAGCAAUGACCAUGGAAACACUCCAACACCGGUGGAGGAGGUAGCAAAGUUCUUAACUGGUCUCUUGAUCGUCAGUGGGAUUUCCUUACCCAUCACAUUGUACCACACAAAUUUGGUGGGUUUAGGUUCAAUGGUAAUGAGUAUCUUGGGUGGUUUAAUUGUGUAUCUGGACAUUGUUGUCUUUAUAUGGUUUUUCAGCGAGAGUGAAGAAGAAAAUAACGAUUUCAACUUCUAA